CUUCCCCCGCCUCUAGCUUGCUCCUUUGUCCACCCACUUUGAAGUGCUCUGGGAUCGCCGGGGUGGGAGCAUUGUUGUUCGCUAGCAAAAGAGCAGUCAUGCUGGGGAGAGAGUAGCGAGUGGACGAGGGGGCUGGGGCCGGCAAAAGCUAAAGGAGAAAGGGGGGGAGAGACUACUCCGAGGAUUGCCGUUUGCCUUAGUUUACCUGCAUGGACCGUGAAAGAGACGCAUUGAGUUGACCCUGCCGGAGCUGUUUGCCUUCUACAUGUGAGAUCCGGUUGGCUUAUUCUCUCCACCUAUCUCUCUCCAGCCUCCUUCUCUUAUUCUCCACUUACUCCUGUAUGCAAAAUGGUGGACCCUGUGGGGUUUGUGGAGGCUUGGAAAGCACAAUUUGCAGACUCUGAGCCUCCUAAAAUGGAGCUGAAAUCUGUGGGAGAUAUUGAACAGGAGCUGGAGAUGUGCAAAGCAUCUAUUCGGAGACUGGAGUUGGAGGUCAACAAGGAGAGGUUCCGCAUGAUAUACCUGCAGACUCUUCUGGCAAAGGAGAAAAAAAGCUAUGAUAGACAGAGAUGGGGCUUUAAACGUGUUUCUCAGUUGCCUGAAGGGGGUGCAGAGCAGCAGAUCCAAGACCUGCAUCAUCAUCAGUCUGCUGACCAAGAUGAAUAUGAAAAAAGUAAAUCACACCACGGGGAGGAAAAGUUCAAACCCAGGAUACCCUCUCUGCGGAAGCUGUCUACCCAGAGUGAUGGGUCAGACCUGUCACCUUUGGACAGUCCCCACCAUGGAGAAGGAGAGCAGGACAGGUGUAAGUACUAUGGUGAGGAGAAGCUGAGGAGAGUUGCAGAAGAUCUGGAGAAUCGCUGCGAUACAGAUGGCUCUCCUUCGAAACACAGAUCGGCUUCUGCUCGCAGGCUAGUGGGAUCUGCUGAGAAAGAGGGGUCAUUUGAACCUAUUUCUAAGGAGAGAGGGAACAGCACCAGUGUGGCAGCCCUAAGGUCCAAUUUUGAGAGGAUUAAAAAGGUUAAUUCACACUCUUCUGGAGAUAACAGGGACGUUGUGGAAAAGCCCUUUUAUGUCAACAUGGAGUAUCAUCACGAGAAGGGUCUAGUAAAGGUCAACGAUAAAGAUGUUUCUGAUAAAAUAAGCUCCCUUGGUAGUCAAGCAAUGCAAAUGGAACGCAAGAAGUCUUUGCACUCCCUCCCUUCUAACAUGGUACCCAGCUUCAGUGAGUUCCAGAGGCCUGCUUACAGGGGAAGGUCCUCAGAGAGCAGCUUUGGCUAUGAUGGAGAAUAUGAGGAUGCUGAACUGAACCCCAGGUUUCUCAAAGAUAACCUGAUUAAUGCCAAUGGCAGCAACCGCUCACCUUGGCAGCCCAUGGACUUUCAACCCUAUCAGAGUAUCUAUGUUGGUGGAAUGAUGGGGGAAGGAGAAGGAAAAGGACCUGUUCUGCGAAAUCAGGGCACAACUGACCAGGAAAAACACCUCACUUGGCCCAGAAGGUCUUACUCUCCCAGGAGUUUUGAAGAUAUUGGAGGAGGUUAUACUCCUGAUUGUAGCUCUAAUGAGAACCUUACCUCCAGUGAGGAAGACUUCUCCUCAGGACAGUCCAGCCACGUCUCCCCUAGCCCCACCACUUACCGCAUGUAUCGGGACAAAAGCCGUUCUCCUUCCCAGAACUCUCAGCAGUCCUUUGACAGCAGCAGUCCACCAACCCCCCAGUCCCAAAAACGGCACAGGCAGCAGCAGGUCAUCGUGUCUGAAGCUACUAUUGUGGGUGUACGAAAAACAGGACAGAUCUGGCCAAGUGAUGGAGAUUUGCCUUCUGGGAGAUGUCACCAGGACAGCUGCUUCCCUGGGGAUACAGAUGCUUCAUUCAGUGGCACACCACCCAGCUAUGCAUACGAUGCAGACCGAGCUGAGGAACAGAGGAGACAUCAUGAUAUGAUGCCCUACAUCGAUGACUCGCCCUCAUCCUCACCCCAUCUCAGUUCCAAGAGUCGGGGCAGCCGAGACACCCUGUCCUCAGGGUCUCUGGAAUCUACAAAAUCAAGUGAGCCAGACCUGGAGAAAGGCCUGGAGAUGAGAAAAUGGGUCCUGUCAGGAAUCCUAGCCAGUGAGGAAACCUACCUGAGCCACCUGGAGGCUCUGCUUCUGCCUAUGAAGCCUUUGAAAGCAGCUGCCACCACCUCUCAGCCUGUGCUGACUAGUCAGCAGAUAGAGACAAUAUUCUUCAAAGUGCCUGAGCUCUAUGAAAUCCACAAAGAAUUCUAUGAUGGUCUCUUUCCCCGAGUGCAGCAAUGGAGUCACCAGCAACGUGUAGGGGACCUCUUCCAAAAGCUGGCCAGCCAGCUGGGAGUGUACCGGGCCUUUGUGGAUAACUAUGAAGUUGCUAUGGAGACAGCAGAGAAAUGCUGCCAAGCCAAUGCUCAGUUUGCUGAAAUAUCUGAGAAUUUAAAGGCUAGAAGCACAAAGGAAUCUAAAGAUCAGACGACAAAAAACUCCUUGGAAACUUUAUUAUACAAGCCAGUGGAUCGAGUGACUCGCAGCACACUUGUCCUUCAUGACCUACUCAAGCACACUCCAGUCAGCCACCCUGACCAUCCACUCCUGCAGGAUGCUCUGCGGAUCUCACAGAACUUCCUCUCCAGCAUCAAUGAGGAGAUCACACCUCGUCGGCAGUCCAUGACUGUAAAGAAAGGGGAGCACCGGCAGCUCCUGAAGGACAGUUUCAUGGUGGAACUGGUUGAGGGGGCUCGCAAACUGCGUCAUGUCUUUCUUUUUACUGAUCUGUUCCUCUGUGCCAAGCUCAAGAAGCAGAUUGGAGGAAAAAGCCAGCAGUAUGACUGCAAAUGGUACAUCCCACUCACUGACCUUAGCUUCCAAAUGGUGGAUGAGUCUGAGGCAGUACCCAAUAUCCCACUGGUACCUGAUGAGGAACUGGAUGCCAUGAAGAUAAAGAUAUCCCAGAUCAAGAACGACAUUCAGCGUGAAAAGAGGGCCAAUAAAGGCAGCAAGGUCAUUGAGAGAUUGAAAAAGAAGCUCUCAGAGCAGGAGUCACUCCUACUGCUGAUGUCUCCCAACAUGGCCUUCAGAGUACACAAUCGCAAUGGCAAGAGUUACACAUUCCUCAUAUCAUCGGACUAUGAAAGGGCAGAGUGGAGGGAGAACAUCAGGGAGCAGCAGAAGAAAUGUUUUAAAAGCUUCUCACUCACAUCAGUGGAGCUCCAGAUGCUGACAAACUCCUGUGUGAAGCUUCAGACAGUCCACAACAUUCCCCUCACUAUCAAUAAGGAAGAUGAUGAAUCCCCAGGUCUCUAUGGAUUCCUGAAUGUCAUUGUCCAUUCUGCCACAGGAUUCAAGCAAAGUUCAAAUUUGUACUGCACAUUAGAGGUGGAUUCUUUUGGGUAUUUUGUGAACAAGGCUAAAACUAGAGUUUACAGAGACACCACAGAGCCCAACUGGAAUGAGGAGUUUGAGAUUGAGCUGGAAGGCUCACAGACUCUGCGGAUUCUGUGCUAUGAAAAGUGCUACAACAAAACCAAGCUCACCAAAGAGGAUGGAGAGAGCACGGAUCGCAUAAUGGGGAAAGGCCAGAUCCAGCUGGACCCACAGGCACUGCAGGACAAAGAUUGGCAGCGCACGGUCAUCUCCAUGAAUGGAGUUGAAGUGAAGCUGUCAGUGAAGUUUACCAGUCGGGAGUUCAGCCUGAAGAGGAUGCCCUCCCGCAAACAGACUGGGGUGUUUGGGGUCAAGAUUGCCAUUGUCACCAAGAGAGAGAGAUCCAAGGUGCCUUACAUAGUGCGCCAGUGUGUGGAGGAGAUAGAGCGACGUGGGAUGGAGGAGGUGGGCAUCUACCGUGUCUCUGGGGUUGCAACUGAUAUCCAAGCUUUGAAAGCUGCCUUUGAUGUCAAUAACAAAGAUGUGUCAGUGAUGAUGAGUGAGAUGGAUGUCAAUGCCAUUGCAGGCACCUUGAAACUCUACUUCCGAGAGCUGCCUGAACCCCUCUUUACAGAUGAACUGUACCCCAACUUUGCUGAGGGCAUUGCACUUUCAGAUCCUGUUGCAAAGGAAAGCUGCAUGUUGAAUCUAUUGUUAUCACUUCCAGAACCCAACCUUGUGACAUUCCUUUUCCUUUUGGACCAUUUAAAAAGGGUUGCUGAGAGGGAAAGCAUUAACAAGAUGUCCCUGCACAAUCUUGCAACUGUCUUUGGACCAACGCUGCUCAGACCUUCAGAGAAGGACAGUAAAAUCCCUGCUAACCCAACCCAGCCCAUCACAAUGACUGAUAGUUGGUCACUAGAAGUCAUGUCCCAGGUUCAAGUUCUUCUGUACUUCCUGCAGCUAGAGACCAUCCCUACCCCAGACAGCAAGAGGCAGAGCAUUCUCUUCUCCACAGAGGUGUAGGUGUCUGCAGGACCACCAGGACACACAGAACUGCUCUUGGCACAAUCUGCCACGCCUGAGAAAAAGAAGACUGGUGUUCCUUCAGAUACUGCUGGCCUGUUCCUGCCCCAGGGAAUGACAGCCCUCAGUGCUUUUGCUGUUUGUUAAGCAGAGACAAGCUGAAGAGAGAGGGGAAAAAUCUCUUCUUUUGAUUGUUAGGACCAGGAUGGAACUGGAGAUGGAGCUGCCCAGAACCUCCACUAGAAGGAGCAAUAGGCACUCAAACAAAGGCACUGCGGAGUGUGGCUGGUGUUCUUGUUGGGAAUGUGACAGAAGGUAUUCCUCAUCUUAUGGGUUUAAUUUAUCAUAAAGAAACUUCAAGAUUUCUACUGGACCACUUGAUAGGACACCCCUUUUGGGUGAGGGGGAGUUAGGAGAUAUAUCACAGCUGUGUCUUUAAUAACUGCUGUUUUUAAAGUACUGUUCUAGGCCACAAAAAUAACAUUGCUUUGCCAGAGGAGAGGAGAAGGGAAGGGUCUGGGAUCAAGAUUCCCUCCUCAGAAACUCAAGUCUUGAUUUGAACAGGGUUCUUAAGAAAUGAAACAGUUUUGUGUACAACUAGAACUGUUGGUUUGUUUGGGAGUUAUAUCUGUUGUUUUGUUUUGGUUUUUUGUGUUUGCUUUUUUUUUCUUGUUGGUUGUUUGGUUUUGUUGGUUUUUUUCCUCUCACCUACCCCUUCCCUUGCAAAUGUUUAUCCAGACUCCAGGGAAGGAGGUGCCCUGCUCUUGCAUAUGUUGCACAUCUGAUGGGUUUUUUCUUUUGGGUUAGGGGAGCCAGGCCCAGUGAUGUUAGACUAGAAAUAAACACAGCAAAUUAAAGAGAGGCAGGGAGGAUAAGUCAGUGAUGCUGUUUGUGAUUCUGUUGUUUGUUUGCAUACAAAAGCAGGGGCAAUGGUAUCCAGGCAGAAUUGCUAAAUUCCUUAAACCCCCACCAAACUUAAUGAAUAUUAAUUGAAAAGACUGUUAAUUCUCAACACUCCAAAGGAAAGAUUUUAUCACUGCAAAAAUAAUGGAAGCAUUUGGCUGGCUGCUUACUCCAAACUUUUAUCAGAACAUCUUUUUUCUUUUUUGAUACUUGAAUUUUUGGAGGCUUUGUACAUUGCUUCUACAAGAGUCUUUUUCUGAUAGAUGCAAAUACUUUGAUAAAAUGUUUCAGAAUGUACUUGGUGGACAAUCUAGCAAGUAGCAUGCAUCAUGUGAAAUUCCAACACUGGUUUAAGUAAGAGCAGUGAAGAAAUUUCUAUGGAACUCCAUGCAGCAGCACAAAAGGUUGAGCCAAAUACUGGCUUUGUGUUUCCCUGCCUCCAGUUAAAGCCAUGGGGGUUACAGAGGUGUAAGGGGCAGCAGUGUUUGUCCAGGGAGGUGAAAGCAUCACCUCACUCCUGGGAUCCAGAGCAAAGUGUUCUGGCUGGAAAGCAGCUGUACCCAGCAUCUUAGGGGGUGUGGGAGUGAUCCCAUUUCCAUAAACUACUCCAGCCCCCUUGACUUCCUACCCUGUCUGCAGCAGCAAUUUAGUGGCAUCCAUCUAUCAUCCUUCUGGUGAGAAGAAAGGUACAGCUUGGAGACAAGGGAAGGAGCUGGCAUGGGAAGGGGAGGGAGAGACAGAUUUUGGAAGGCUGGUAGCAUUGUCAACAUCACUUGGGAAAAAUGACAAAGAAAGCAACCACUGUUAUGCUGAAUUUCACAUUUUCUGAUGGGUGAUCUGCAACCUCUCAAACAAAGUAACAAAAUUAUUUCAAACAAACAAAAAAAUUAAAGGGAAAUUUUUUUGUAGUCACUGUAAUUCUGACUGCUGCAUAAUAUUAGAAAAUACUGUACUGUGAAGUUGCAAAUUCAAAAAAGGAAUCAAUAUAAAUUUCAAUUUUGUGAGUAUAUCAAUAUUUUGCAUGCGUUGUAAGGAUUCUUAUAGGAGUUUAAUAUUGCUUAGUAUCCCUCCCUCCUUAGGUCUGGGAGCAAAUCUCUUUGUAAUGUAAUGUACAACUAGAAAUUCCUUCUCUCUUGUAUGUAUUUCCACUACAUUCCAACUUCUGAACCCCUGAAACUGAAAAAGUGUUUAUAGUAGGAGGUGCUUUUUGGGGGGAGGGAGGGAAUGAAGGCAAGGAAAUUUGAAGGCUUAAGACUUUGAUUUAUUUUAUUUUUGCCUUUUUGAGGGUAAAAAUUAAUCACACUCCUGAAAAACAUUGACUUCAGACAAGUCAUGCAGAGCAGUAAACCAGACUCCAGGGUUUUGGUUUGAUGUAUUUUGUUCUCAGUUGUACAGUGCAGUUCUAGAGCAAUCCUUUUACUGCAGGCUGCACACCUCCCUGUUCCAAGGGCUGUGUGAUGGAUCUGAGGCAGUGCCACUGCUGAUGACUUCAUUUAAAAGGAAAAAAAACCCACCCAAACUCCAGCAGGUGGUUGGGUGACAGCCUUUUCCUUUCAGCUGUUGGAAUCUGUGGCUGCUCUUUGCAGUUUUGAAACUGGAAAGCAAUAUUAUAAUGACUGUGCCAAUUUACUUUUGCCCAACUUUUUAAUUUUUAUUUAUGUAGGAAGUAAAUUUUAAUAUUAAAUUACUGAUCUAUAGUGUGUAACCAUGAGAAAAUUGCUUUAGCUUUGGUUACUGUUACAGGUUGUUGCUUUUAGUCUCUCAUUACAAUGCUCAGUUCUAAUGUAACAAUAUCUAACAUGCAGGCAUGUGGAUCAGGGAAAAAAAAAAGUUAAUUUAACUUAACCCAUUAAUUAUUUCUGUUAAGUAUGAAUAUGUUUUCCCCAAAGCUGGUAAUUUUGGGCUGGAAAAGAUAGUGCAUCUUAUUGCUGAUGAUGAAAAUGACUGCUUUGAAAUAUGAGAAUCGAUUUCUUGAAUGUCCUUUAAUUUUGCAAUUAAGUUUUUUCAGAUAGUCUUAUGUUUUCAGAAAUUGUUUCCAAAAGGCUUUUAUGUCCUUUUCCCAGGGAUGUUGGUUGGUUUGGGUUUUUUAUUCGUUUGGGGUUUUCUGUGGGGUUUUUUUGUUUGUUUUGUUUUACUUUGUUAUAUUUGUAAUAAGCCUUAUCAUAUUUAAACAAAAAAGGGAAUUGCAAAACUUGGCUUUAGAGAAAGCCUGAUUUUUACUCUGAUAUAUUCCCUUGUGAGUUGUGUCAGAAAAACUAACUUUUCCAUUUUGUAUAUCCAGUAAGGUACAAUCUAAACAUCAGAGCAAACUAGCAAAAAAUGACUUUACAUAUGCACUGGGGAUUUGUGUUCUUUCAGUUUCGAGUGUAUUGAAGAGACCUUCCUAAAAAUGUAGCUUUUAGUGGCAGGAAUGUGAAACGUUCACGCUUUCAGCUGCAGGAAUUCAGAUGAGGAUAGGCUGUGUCUUUGGUCUAAGGAGAGGAAUCAGCAUCAGUUUCCUGGCUUUUAGAAACUAUUUUUAAAUUCCCAUGGUAUUUUUUUUCUUACACUGAAUAAAUCUCUAAGUAAAACUUUAUAUUAAGUAAAGCAAACUAUGGGAAGAGUUUUCAAAGCCAGAACAGAAGUAGUGGUUAAGUGGAUCAGUACCAGCCUUGAGUUUGUGCAUGCUUUGGAUGGGAGGGGAGUGUCUGAAACCAAGCUGAAACACAUCCAUGAAAAAGCUGAUGGUGUUCUUUCUUCUUGCACAGUUUUACCAAGCUGAGGUAGCUAUUUCAGGCUGUAUUUUAAUGCUGCUGUUUAGCAGCUUAAGGGCAAACCCCAGCAGUGUGCUGGCUGUAGCUGCUGAUGCCCAUUGCUUGCAUCCAUCCUGUCCUUCAGGUGCUGAUCCCAGGCACUCAGCCUGCUCUGUCUGAAGCAAAACUGCAGCUGUUUUGUUGGCCACAAGGUGGUGGGUCCCCCAGAGCACAUUCAUGGGAGAUGCAUUAAUUCAUUUUACCUGUUUAAAAACCUGUUUUAUGGUGGUUUCUUAGUUUGUUAUGAGUUUAUUUAAACAAAUAUACUGUUCUUUAAAUCACACAUGGAUUCCCAAAUUUGUUUGUCACCUUUGUAACACUGGAAGGCAUCACAAUGUGUUAAUUUAUCUUGAUCUUUUCAAGUAUGUAUGAAAAAGAAAUUGUCAAACAGGGCUUUGAAAAAUUUUUAGAAUCUGAUAGAAAAAACCCAACCCUCUCUGAUGCCUCACUGGUUAAUUCUUUUAUUUCAGUGCUUGGUUACCUACUGGGAUAACAUUAUCAGAUGUGGUGUUCUUAUUAGGGGAAUUAUAGUAAAAAAUUGGAAAUGUUUCAAGAGAACCCCCUGCCCUUUUGUUUUUUACUUUAAUUCAAGAAGAUGGAGACUUGUAAUAACAGUCAUGCUCAAAUGAAGGGAUUUGUGUCUGUUCCUCCAAGAAAAAUCUCAAUUCCUAAGUAGGAACAAUCAAAUUACUCUAAUUGAAUGUUUGGUGUAGUUAGUAAGUAGUCUGCUUAUUCCCUCCUAAAUCUGUAGUUCAGGAUAUGUUUUUAUUCAUGAACUUUGCUCACAUUGGCACUGUACUGCCUUAGAUGAGUUUCAGCAAUUCUCCAUUCUGAGCUAAAUGAAAUGAAUGUUCAUGUAAACUAUGAAAUUCUCCCUGAACAGAAUACACAGAUUGCCCCUGCAACCAAGAGGAGCUCUAAAGGAAGCACUUGUGAGUUCAUGGUUAUUGAUUAAGAAGGUUUUAGGGAAGUAACACAAAUGGAAAAGAGAAGCAAAAUUAGAAAUCAUUCAGAUCCCAUGGUCUGAAACUAGAAAGUUCUCAUUUCCCAUUACAGAAGGUGGCUUAUGCCACAAGUAACUGUGAGCUAAGACUGUCUGGCCAGUAAAUACAAAUGAAUACAGGAGUGUGCUGGAACCCCUCCUUCUCUCUACUGAAAAUUCAGUUCAGUGCUGAGAAAGCAAAGCUUAUCACUGGCUCUACCUCUUUUGCCCCAGUGGCAAUACCUAGGACUAAUAUAAUCUGUAUAUUACUGUCCAGGAAACACCACCACAAAGAAGGAAAAAGUGAAUAAAAGCAGUGACCCAGACUCUCUUUUAAGCUAAAAGUCUGUCUGCAAGGAUAAAAUGCCACAAAUUGCUAAAAUGAGAAAAUGCUAGAAACAGUAAGACCAAAGAAAAGCUGAGUGUGUGUGUUGAUUCUCCUCCUCCCAUUUUCAUGAGAUACAGGCCUUCCAGGUCAAGCAGAUACAUAAAUGCUGUUGGGAAGAAUUAGAAAAUUAUUAAAUUACUUGGAUUGCCUCCACUGUUGAUUCUCUUUGUUACCAUCUGGCAGGAGAAUUGCUGAAGACCGUUGUGAAAAUAUGCAGGUGAACCAUGCAAACAUUUCCUGUUUCACCUUGCAGUAAGGAAGACCCCCUCCUUUUCCAACAGAAACCACUUCACAUAAUUUUGUACUGUAGAAAUUACCACGCUGGGAGGUUCAGUUUGUAGCAGAGCAGUUCCUGGGGAUAACUAAAACAUUUCCAGUCUUCUGGUGCAGAAUACACCAGGUACUGCUAAAGCUCUGGUAGGACUGUUUUGUGAGUAAAGAUUCAAUUUACAGCUGUUUAAGCAUACUUGGGAAUUAAUCUGCUUCCAGAGUCCCCAAGCCUAGCAGACUGUCACUGCUGUAGUCUUUUCCCCAGGGCUGUGAUGUUCCCAAGACAUAGCACAGGUGAACCAUUUCUCUACUCUGCAGAAUGAUUUGUGUGACAAGGCCAGGUUACAUCCCUGUGGAGGUGUGGAGGGGCUGGCACGGGUACAAAGCAGCCUCCUGCCUGGAAGAGCAGAGCAGCUUUCUGCAGAUGACCUCAAACAAAGACCACAGUGCCAAAGAGCCACUGAACAGAUGGCUUUGGUCUUCAGAUGCUCACAUCUCCCCUGGGGCUCUGGGAAUGAGGCCCAAAGGCAGGUAGAGGAAGAAAUUCAGCCCCUUCCUUCCCAUUGUGCUUAUUAGUGAUCUAAUGCCCAUCGACACAGAGCACCUCAAGCUUCUUCCUCCAUUUUAGUCCCAUUUUGGGGGAAAUGAGGACUGCACUAACUCAAACAGCUGAAAAGGGAUGUGUAUCUAAACCCAAUUUCAAAUACAGCAGGUGGUAAUGCAGUAGCUGCCAGAGGAGAAGGAUGUUUCUUCCCAGCAGCCUUUUCUGAUGCCUUCACCACUUCUCACAGCCUGACAGAAAUCCUGCUUGGGGCUUCACAGGUUGGUAGGAAACUUGAAGAAGCCACUCACUGAUGGUGUGUGUGGUCAGAAUCCUGAUAAAACCUGCACAGGGGACAUAUUUGGGAUACCAGAACUAACCAAGGCAGCAAAAAGAGGGCAAGGAAUUGUUACUGGAUGACUGAGAAGCACCACAAUGAAACAGUGAAAUUAAAUAUGAUCUCACAGCAGGAUGCUGUGUCUUUUGUCUGUCCAGCAAAAAAACCCCACAAAACUAAGCCUUCUCUUGCCUAAGUUGUGUAGUUUAUUCUUAUCUCUAGUAUUACAAGUGUUGAUAAUCCAUGAAGAAUUCCAAGGAAGGGACUUAAGACUAUUUAUUUAAAUUUAAAUACAAUUAAAUUAUAUAAAUAGUGCUAAAUUAUCAGGUGUAGAAGACAAUUUGUUAUUGUUUGGAUAAUUUGGGGGUUCAUCAGAGUUAAUAUUGUUGGCAUUGUUUUAAUGCUACCAUGUUAGCAAGUUGGGUUUUGUAAUUUUAUACUGCUGGUGCUUCAGUAUCUUGUAGUGCUCUGGUUUUGGAAGAGAAAACCUAAUCCUAUUGGUUUAAUACUGAAAGGUGUUGAACCUUUCAGUCUAGGCCCAAAAAGAGAAAAAGAAAAGGGAAAAGAGGGGAAAAGUAUUGUCAUUCUGGAUUUUUUUUUUUUUUUGCGUUUUCUGAAAAUAAGUGACAUGAAAAAGGGAUCCAAAACUGUACUUGGGAAAAAAAAAAGGCAUUUGUAGCCUUUCUUUGUACACAAUGUUAAAUAAAAUCUCCUGUAACUA